GUACAAACUUAUGAGAGAGCCCAGAGCAGGCAGGACGGCAUUGGCAGACCAUGCAACUUAUAUCGGAGGGAAAGAUCGGGCAGAGUUGGUGAUCGCUGGGAUCCUGGGAACAGGCUCAUGAUCUUGUGGAUCACCGGACAGGAGGGAGGUCAGGGAAAGAAAAGAAAAGUUAACUCUUUCCUGGAAGCAGACAGCUGGAAGGUUUUUUUUUUCUCUGCUGUGCCAAAGUUGGGGAGGAGCAGCUGGGAAAGUAGAAUUCUUCCAGGAAUCUUUCCUGCGAUCCGGAAUGUUGAGUUGAUCUUCCCACUCUGGAUUACUCGGCUGCUGGGGAUCUCCCUGCCCCUGGAGGGAUCUACUGGGUGUUGCUGGUGAUCCCAGGAAGUUGGUGACUUUUUAUGGUGACUGUAAAGAGCCUGUAUCCUGCACAGUGUGCCAGCGAAGGAAAGGGAGACUCUUCCUAGGUUCUACACCCAGCUUAAAGGUACUCGCCCACGGAUAUCUCUCUGUAAAGUUCGACGAAGAACCCGGAAUAAGUCUUGCCGAAAAAUGGCCAAUGUCGGAGCACAGCUAGACCGAUCUGAUGGGGAACAAAACAAUGAGUUCAGUGAUAUUAUCAAGUCCCGAUCUGAUGAGCAUAAUGAUGUACAGAAGAAAACCUUCACAAAAUGGCUAAAUGCCCGUUUCUCAAAGAGUGGAAAAGUACCAAUUAAGGACCUGUUCACAGACCUCAAAGAUGGAAGAAAACUGCUGGAUUUGCUGGAAGGUCUCACUGGCACUUCUUUACCAAAGGAACGUGGAUCUACAAGAGUUCAUGCUCUAAACAAUGUCAACAGAGUGCUGCAAAUUUUACAUCAAAACAAUGUGGAGUUGGUGAAUAUUGGAGGAACAGAUAUUGUUGAUGGAAACCACAAGCUGACCCUUGGGUUAAUAUGGAACAUUAUUCUGCAUUGGCAGGUAAAAGAUGUCAUGAAGGCCAUUAUGUCAGACCUACAACAGACGAACAGUGAGAAAAUUCUUCUGAGCUGGAUCAGGCAGUCAACAAGACCAUAUAACCAAGAAGUCAACGUGUUAAACUUCACCACCAGCUGGACGGAUGGCCUUGCAUUCAAUGCUCUGCUGCAUAGGCACAAACCAAACCUGUUUAACUGGGGAGAUGUUACCAGGUUAUCGCCACUUGGAAGGCUGGAGCAUGCGUUCACCACUGCCAAAAAACACUUGGGGAUUGAGAAACUGCUUGACCCAGAAGAUGUGGCAGUCCCCUUACCUGAUAAGAAGUCAAUCCUUAUGUACCUAACAUCCCUAUUUGAAGUACUUCCUCAUGAAGUUACAAUGGAUGACAUUCGAGAAGUGGAGACUCUUCCUAGAAGAUACAAGGGAGUGUGUGAAGAUAUGACUUUCACUAAACAACAGGCAUCUGAUGAACCAUGUGGAGAUGCUGGUCCAGAGACGCCUAGUACCGUAACUGAGGUAGAGAUGGAUCUUGACAGCUAUCAGGUUGCUCUGGAAGAUGUCCUCACUUGGCUUCUCAUGGCAGAAGACACAUUUCAGGAGCAAGAUGAUAUAUCUGAUGACGUUGAAGAAGUCAAACAACAGUUUGCCACUCAUGAGGCUUUUAUGAUGGAGCUCACAGCACACCAGAGCAGUGUGGGCAAUGUUCUACAGGCAGGAAACCAACUCAUUGCUCAGGGUGACCUCUCGAUCGAUGAAGAAAAUGAGAUACAAGAGCAGAUGACCUUGCUGAACUCACGCUGGGAAGACCUUCGUCUAGAAAGCAUGCAUAGACAGUCCAGACUGCAUGAAGUGUUGAUGGAUUUGCAAAGAAAACAACUUGACCAAUUGUCUGACUGGCUGACUGUCACGGAAGAGCGAAUUCGGAAGAUGGAUUCAAAGUCUUAUGGUGAAGAUUUUGAGGCCUUCAAAAAACACAUUGAAGAACACAAAAAAUUACAGAACGACCUUGAGGCAGAACAAGUUAAAGUUAACUCUUUAACUCACAUGGUGGUUAUUGUGGAUGAAAACAGUGGUGAUGGAGCCACUGUAGCACUGGAGGCUCAGCUGCAGAGACUGGGAGAAAGAUGGGCAGCGGUUUGCAGGUGGACAGAGGAGCACUGGAGUAAACUGCAGGGAAUCCUUAUCCCGUGGCAAAAACUAUUAGAAGAACAGAGUUUGUUCAAGGUGUGGCUAAGUGAGAAAGAAGAGUCGCUGAGCACAGUCCAGCGGAGUAACUUCAAAGACCAGGGCGAGCUGAGUGUAAAUGUGAGGAAGUUGGCGAAUUUGAAAGAGGACCUGGGAAUAAAGCGACAAACAUUUGACCAUUUACAUGACUUGGCCCAGGAAGUAGUUCUUCUUAUUGGCAAUGAGAAAGCAUCUCACAAAUUGAAGGGUGAUAUGGAAGAUCUUGCACAGAGGUGGGACAGAUUGGUGCAUCUUUUGGAGGACUACACUAACCAGGUAACAGAGUCAGUCAGCAGUUUUGGCAUGACGCAGAUUACCAGGAAGGUUGUUACCGAGACAGUGACUGUGAAAGAGCAUAGCAGUGUUCAUAUAAUCAAACAAGAGCUUCCUCCUCCUCCUCCUCCCAAGAAACGCCAAAUGCACCUUGAUGUCAAAGAGAAGAAAAAGUUUGACAGAGAAUCUGCUGAGCUGUUGAAUUGGAUGAUUAAAUCCAGGGCUAUGAUUCUUUCGGCUGAGAUCACUAACUAUAGGAAGAUUAGAGAGACCUCAGACUUAAAAGACAUGCUAAAGAUUCUUGAGAAAGAAAGAGAUGAAAAAACUCCCAAAUUUAAGGAACUUGUUGCUAAUGGUCAAUAUUUAUUGGAGCUGUGCAAGCAAGAAGAUCUGCCAGAAGAGGAUGUGAAAGGAUUAUUGGACAGAGUCAAGGUUGAAUGGAACAACACAAACAACCAAAUACAGGAGCUAAAUAAGGGGAUUUUGCACCAGGACUCUAUCACUGCUUACUUUAAAGAGUUAGAGAGUCUGGAGGAAAAGCUAAAACAAGAGGAAGAAUGGUUAAAUACUCAGCCAUCACCAUCUCAGGAGCUUCCACUGCAGUCACUAAAGGAUGCUAGACAGCUGCAGCUGGACAGAAUCCGAGACCUGUACACACAAGUGGAAAGUUUGAGAUCAAAAGCAUUGUCACUAGGUUCCCAGCCAGCUGCCCUGGCUUUUCUUGAAGGUAGUCUAAGCAGUUUUACAGGCCACUAUGACAGACUGAAAAGCCAGAUGGAAAAAGAAGUUGAACAGUUUCAAAAAGCUCUGGAACACCAACCCAGCCAACAGUAUUUAGACACACGGAAAGCUUUAAAAGAAAUGUUAGUAGAAUGUCAACAGAAACUACAGUCACAGUUGACCGGUCUCUGUGAUCCGACUGCUGUAGACUUAGCACUUCAGCAGGCUAAGAUUGUAAUACAGGAAUUAGAAAGCCAGAAGCCAGGUAUUGACAAGCUUUAUGCUGAGACCAGGCUGCUUGAGAAGCGAGCCCCAGAAGACAAAACAGUAGUCUAUAUGAAUGAGUGUGGAGACGUAGAGGAGCAGUGGAGCAAACUAAAGAGCCUCUGUGCUGACCACAUCAUCAUUCUAGAAGACAUUUCCUCCAAAUUAAAAUCAUUUGAGACCGAGUCUAAAUCUGUACAGAAGUGGAUCAGCGAGGCAAAAGAUUUUGUUCUGAACCAACACACAGCCGCAGAGGAUUCUGAAGGGCUGCAGAGACAGCUGGACCAGUGCAUGGCUCUUGUGAAUGAAAUGGAAGCUGUGGAAGGGUGCUUGAGCAAGCUAAAUGAUGCCGAAUCAGGACUUAGAAACCAUUCAGAUACAAUGAUCCACACAUGGGUAGUGCCAAGACUCGCUGACCAGCAGGCCCAGUGGGAGAGAUUAAGUAAACAGGUGAUUCAUCAGAUGAACAAGUUGUCCGAAAGUCAAGAGAAGGCUGUAAAUUUAAAGAAGGACCUGGCAGAGAUGCAAGAAUGGAUGACACAGGCUGAAGAGGAAUAUUUGGAAAAGGAUUUUGAGUACAAGUCACCAGAAGAGCUUGAGAGUGCAGUAGAAGAAAUGAAAAGAGCGAAGGAGGAUGUGUUGCAGAAAGAGGUGCGUGUGAAGAUCUUGAAGGAUAACAUUAUGACUAUGGCUGCCAAGAGACCAGCUGGUGGCCAAGAUUUGACGUUGGAGCUAAAAGAAGUUUUGGACAAUUAUCAGCUUCUGUGCAAUAGAAUCCGAGGAAAGUGCCACACAUUAGAGGAAGUGUGGUCCUGCUGGAUAGAACUUCUCCAUUACCUGAAUCUGGAGACAGCUUGGUUACAUACCUUGGAAGAACGGAUACAGAACACUGCAAUCCUUCCUGACAAAGUGGAAGCUGUUAGUGAAGCACUGGAGUCAGUGGAGUCAAUCCUUCGACAUCCAGCAGACAACAGAACUCAGAUCCGUGAACUGGGUCAGACGUUAAUCGAUGGAGGAAUACUAGAUGACAUCAUCGGUGAGAAGCUGGAGGUCUUCAAUGCCCGCUACGAAGAGCUGAGUAAUUUAGCUGUGAACCGUCAAAUUUCCUUGGAGCAGCACCUGCAGACACUGCGCGAGAGUGACCACAUGUUGCAAGUCCUGCAGGAAUCCCUAGAAGAGCUGGAUAAACAGUUAACCACGUACUUGACGGACAGAGUGGAUGCCCUGCGAUUACCACAAGAGGCUCAGAAAAUCCAAGCUGAUAUUAGUAGCCAUGAAGCAGCACUGGAAGAACUGAGGAAAACAGCCUGUCCAUCUGUACAGUCAGAGGUCAAAUCCCCACGAGGAGGCUCCCAACUGGAUGUACUACAGAGGAAGCUGCGGGAGGUCUCUACAAAGUUCCAGUUGUUCCAGAAGCCUGCCAACUUUGAACAGAGGAUGUUGGAUUGCAAACGUGUCUUAGAUGGGGUGAAAGCUGAACUUGAUGUUCUUAAUGUUAAGGAUACCGAUCCGGAUGUCAUACAGAAACACAUGGAUGGGUGCAUGAAAAUGUACAAGACCCUUAGUGAAGUGAAGCUGGAAGUCGAGACUGUGAUAAAGACAGGAAGACAAAUUGUACAGAAGCAACAGACUGAUAAUCCAAAGCUAAUGGAUGAACAGCUAACAGCCUUAAAACUUCUAUAUAAUGAUCUUGGUGCCCAGGUAACUGAAGGAAAGCAAGACUUAGAACGUGCCAUUAUGUUAUCUGUGAAGCUGAGGAAAGAAUCGACUUCAUUGUCGGAGUGGCUUAGUGCUACUGAAUCCGAGCUCAUUCUAAAAUCGACUACUGACAAUGCUUGUGCUGAUCUGGAUGUUGAAAUCGCAUGGGCCAAAAAUGUGUUGAAGGAGCUGGAGAGGAGGAAAGCUGAUUUGAACAGCGUAACGGAGAGCAGCGCAGCUCUUCAGUGCUUGGUGGAGGGAAGUGAGAACAUCCUGGAGGAAAAACUCUGUGUCCUGAAUGCUGGCUGGAGCAGAGUCCGCACUUGGACAGAGGAUUGGUGCAAUACAUUACUGAAUCACCAGAGUCAGAUGGAGAUUUUCGAUGAGAAUGUUGCUCACAUAAGCACUUGGCUCUAUCAAGCAGAAGCUCUUCUGGAUGAGAUUGAGAAAAAGCCAGCUAACAAGAAAGAAGAAAUUGUAAAGCGUCUUUUGUCCGAGAUGGAUGAUGUCAGUCUCAGAGUAGAUAAUGUUCGAGACCAUGCAGGAAUGCUCAUGAGCAGUCGUGGUGCAUCUUGUCGGCAACUGGUGGAACCAAAAGUGGCUGAACUAAAUCGAAACUUUGCGAAAGUUUCUCAGCACAUAAAUGCGGCCAAGAUACUUUUAGAUCAAGAUCCUGGAGCACAAAUCACUGCAGAAGAACCUGUUAAGAGUGGAUCCACUUCCGCAGAGCUAGAAGGCUUUGAAACGGAAUUGCUUGGCAUCCAGAGGGUCCUGGAGAAAUCUUUACAAUCACCUGCGGAGUGUGAGAAGAUUGAAGAGGAGAAGGCUCAUAUUGAAGACGUACUGUACAGAGGAGAACAGCUCCUUCAACUAACAAUGGAUGACAUCCAGAGAGAGAAGCUACGGCUGGAACUUAUGCUGUUACAGACCAGAUACAACAGUGUCAAGGAAUUGCAGUCAGUAAGGAGAAGACAAGAGAUCAAGUUGUCUCCAGUGUUUACUAAGAGUGAGCAGCCAGAAGAUCACUUGUCUAACUGGAUGAAUGAGACAGAACAUCGCCUAUCUGGCCUCCAGGAUGAUGACAAGAAGCUUCAGGAGCUUCUUAAGGAAGUAGAGGAACAUAGAGAAGAAUUCGAUGUUCUCCAGAAGAAGACCAGUAUUUCGCAGCAUGGCUCCCCAGCAGAGGUUGAUGGUAAAAUGAAACAACGCUGGGAAGAGAUUGAAAAGCAGUUUGCUAUGUAUCUGGGAACUCAAGAGCAUAGUUUAGACGAUACGGACUCUCAUCUAGAUGUAAGUGCUUCCUUAACUGGAUUCCCUCCGUCCUUCCUUCCUUCAGAUUACUUAGUAGAAAUAAACAAGGUCUUGCUGUCAAUGGCUGACACCGAGCUUCUACUUACUGCACCCGAGCUAAGCAAUGGAGAAUAUGACAAUUUUUCCAAGCAAGAAGAUUUACUGAAGAACAUAAAAGAUUCCCUGGAUAAACUAGGGGAACAAAUUGCAUCUAUACAUGAGAAGCAACCUGAUGUGAUUUUGGAAGCCUCAGGACCAGAAGCCAUACAAAUAGGAGAAUCACUUACUCAGGUCAAUGGAGAAUGGGAUCGUAUCAACAGAUUGUUCAGUGAGCGGAAGAGUCGUUUUGACAGAGCGCAGGAGGAGUGGCGGCAGUUCCAUUCUGACCUCAAUGACCUCACUCAGUGGACAAAUAAAGCAGAGGCUUUGUUAGCCCAGGCCCAUACCCCAGGAGGCAUUUUGGAUUUAGAUAAAGCCCAGGUUCAUCAGCGGGAGCUUGAAGACGGAAUCAGCACUCACCAACUCAGCUUUACCAUUCUCAACCAGAGUGGAGAAGGGAUCAUACAGCAUCUCUCCACCACCGAUGGACAAGUCCUUCAGGAGAAACUGUCAAGUUUGAACAGACGCUGGAGUGCCAUAAAAUUUGAGGUCAUGGACAGACAGCAAAGAUUAAGAGAGGAAAGUCCAGCUUUAACUGAAUACAAGAGGAAACUAGAUGAGUUCACAGUUUGGCUGGAUCAGGCCACAAAUGUGUUGCGUGUGACUCCAGCUCUUGACAAUGAGGAGAGGCUUACUGAAUUAAAGGCAUUAAACAAAGAGCUGGAAAUCCAGAGUGACAGAGCUGAGUGGCUGAACCGCACAGCACCCGAAAUAUUGGUCAUGAAAAGACUCAGUGCACAGGACAGAGAGAAACUUUCAUCUAGGCUACGGACCAUAAAUAUUAACUGGGCCCAGGUGUCCAGAGACAUGCCAGAGAAAAUAAAGGACUUGGAGCAAGCUUUGUAUUAUCCUACCUAUGCAACCCAAAGUGUCUUGCCCACAACCUUUCCAGCAAUCCAAAAAAUGGUGCUAGUCCAUUCCGCCUCUGAAUACCCAGUAGCAACCAAACAUGUAAUGGAGCUGCCACUUGCCACUGAUCUGGAUAAGACGGUCAUCGAGCUGUCUGACUGGCUGCUACUUAUAGAUCAGAUGCUUAAGUCCAACAUUGUUACCGUUGGUGAUCCUGAUGAGAUUAAUACAACUAUAGCACGGAUGAAGAUAACUAAAGAAGAUAUGGAACAGCGCCACCCUCAGCUUGAGUCUGUGUUUACAUUAGCUCAGAAUGCGAAGAAUAAAACUUCCAGCCUUGAUGUGAGAACAUCUAUCACAGAAAAGUCCGAGAAGCUGAAGAAUCAUUGGGACAGUACACUGCAUGGUGCAGAGAUGCGCCAAAUGCAGCUACAAGAUAUGUUGGCUGAUAGCAUCAAGUGGGAUGAGUUAAGGAAGGAGAUACAAAGUGUCCUGGACCAGACUGACUUCCGACUCUACACCCUCACGCAGACAUCAAAAGACACACUUGUUAAACAGAUAGCAGAGAACAAGGUAAUAGUGCAAGACCUGCACAAAGGGGAGAUUGUCAUGGACACAUUCAAUGACCUCUCAAACAAGCUCCUUCGUGACUACAACUCUGACGACACAAGGAAAGUUAAGGAGGCCAGUGAUCUCUUAUACAUGAACUGGGUGAACAUGAACAAGAGGGUUGGCGACCGACAGAGCGUACUGGAGAAGGAGCUAAAGAAUUUCCAGGUUUUGGUCAAAGAUCAUGAGAACUUCAUGAAGUGGAUCCAAGAAGCUGAGACCACUGUGAAUGUUCUCACGGACGCAUCGCAACGCGAGGGUGUCCAGCAAGAUGUCACCCGCUUACGACAGCUCAAAAUGCAGCUACAGGAUAUUCAAGCAGAAAUUGAUGCCCAUAAUGACAUUUUCAAGAGCAUUGAUGGGAAUAGGCAGAAGAUGGUGAAAGCUUUGGGAACGUCAGAAGAAGCAACAUUGCUUCAACAUAAACUUGAUGAUAUGAAUCAACGCUGGAGUGAUCUGAGGUCCAAGUCAUCUAACAUCAGAACACACUUGGAAGCAAGUGCCGAUAAAUGGAAUCGUUUGCUGAAAUCCCUGGAAGAACUCAUCUUUUGGUUAGAUGUCAGAGAUGAGGAGCUGAAGAAACAAAUGCCUGUGGGAGGAGAUGUUCCCACAGUCCAGCAGCAGUAUGAUUUUUGCAAGGUCCUGAAACGUGAAUUGAAGGAUAAAGAACAGACUGUAUUGAAUACCAUAGAGCAAGCACGAGUUUUUAUUUCUGAGCAGCCUAUUGAGGGCCCAGAAGAACCUAGAAGGAACUUACUACCAAAAACAGAAUUAACCCCUGAAGAAAGAGCCCAAAAAAUUGCCAGAACUAUGCGGAAGCAGUCGGUAGAAGUUAAAGAGAAGUGGGAAAGCCUGAACUUGCAGGCUGUCAGCUGGCAGAAGCAAGUGGAGAAAGCUGUGGAGAAAUUGAGGGUCUUGCAAAGUGCAAUGGAUGAUCUUGAUGUGGGAUUGGUGGCAGCAGAAAAAGUGCGCAGUGGCUGGAAGCCGGUCGGAGAUUUAUUGAUUGACUCUUUGAAGGAACACAUUGAGAAGACAAGUGCAUUUGGAGAAGAAAUUGCACCCAUCAACUUGAAGGUGAAGGCAGUGAAUGAUGUGGCUAGUCAGCUCUCUGCUCUAGAUAUUCAGCCAUCUGCAAAGACCGCUCGCCAACUGGAUGACCUGAACAUCAGAUGGAAGCUCCUACAGGCAGCAGUUGAAGAACGUCUCAAACAACUUCAAGAAGCGCAUAGGGAUUUUGGCCCAUCCUCCCAACACUUCUUGUCUACUUCCGUACAGCUUCCAUGGCAACGAUCCGUUUCACUUAACAAAGUGCCCUACUACAUUAAUUCUUCCAGUGAAGAUUGCUGCAAGCCUUUGAGUCCAAAGAUGCAUUCUAGGAACAGCCAUCAAACACAGACCACUUGCUGGGACCACCCAAAAAUGACAGAACUCUUCCAAUCACUUGGUGACCUGAACAAUGUGAGGUUUUCAGCCUACCGCACUGCUAUGAAGAUAAGGAGACUUCAGAAAACAUUGUGCUUGGAUCUUUUGGACUUGAACACCACUCACAGCACUUUCAAACAGCAUGAACUGAACCAAAAUCAGCAACUAUUGUCUGUUCCUGAAAUUAUCAGCAUCCUCACCACUAUCUAUGAUGGACUUGAAGAGAAAAACAAGGACCUGGUUAACGUUCCUCUCUGUGUGGACAUGUGCCUAAACUGGCUUCUUAAUGUCUAUGACACGGGUCGGACUGGAAAGAUCCGAGUGCAGUCUCUGAAGAUUGGACUAAUAUCCUUGUCUAAGGGUUUAUUAGAAGACAAAUACAAAUAUCUUUUUAAGGAGGUUUCCGGAGCAGCUGACACAUGCGACCAGAAGCAACUGGGCUUACUGCUUCAUGAUGCCAUCCAGAUCCCUCGCCAGCUUGGGGAAGUGGCGGCUUUUGGUGGAAGUAACAUCGAGCCAAGUGUCCGCAGUUGCUUUCAGCAUGCACAAAACAAGCCAGAGAUCAAUGUGAAACAGUUCAUUGAGUGGAUGCGAUUGGAACCUCAGUCCAUGGUGUGGCUGCCUGUUUUGCACAGAGUGGCAGCUGCUGAAACGGCGAAGCAUCAAGCCAAGUGUAAUAUCUGCAAAGAAUGUCCAAUUGUUGGGUUCAGGUAUCGGAGUCUGAAACAUUUCAACUAUGAUGUUUGUCAGAGCUGUUUCUUUUCCGGAAGAACUGCAAAAGGUCACAAAAUACAUCAUCCAAUGGUGGAGUACUGCAUACCGACAACAUCAGGGGAAGAUGUCCGAGACUUCACUAAGGUUCUUAAAAACAAAUUCCGUUCCAAGAAAUACUUUGACAAACAUCCCAGAUUAGGCUACCUACCAGUGCAAACUGUGCUUGAAGGAGAUAACAUGGAGACCCCUAUUACCCUCAUCAGCAUGUGGCCUGACCAGUUUGAUCCUUUGCAGUCCCCUGAACUUUUUGAUGAUGACACACAUUCCAGGAUAGAGCAAUAUGCCAGCAGGCUGGCACACAUGGAAAGGACUAAUGGUUCCCUAUUUACUGACAGCAGUUCCGCCACUGGAAGCAUUGAUGAUGAACAUGCCCUGAUCCAGCAGUACUGUCACACAUUGGGAGGAGAGUCACCCUUAGGUCAGCCACAGAGCCCAGCCCAGAUCCUUAAGUCUGUAGAAAAGGAAGAAAGAGGAGAGCUGGAACGGAUCAUUGCUGAUCUGGAGGAGGAGCAGAGGAAUUUGAAAGUUGAAUACGAACAGUUAAAAGCACAGCAUAUGAAAAAAGGACUGAGCCCUCCAUCUUCACCCCCUGACUCGCUGGCCUCACUUCAACACACAUCCGAGGAUGCAGAACUCAUUGCUGAAGCAAAACUACUAAGACAGCACAAAGGACGACUUGAAGCCAGGAUGCAAAUAUUAGAAGACCAUAACAAGCAGUUAGAGUCGCAGCUUCACCGGUUACGCCAGCUGUUGGAGCAGCCGGAGUCAGAAUCCAGGGUUAAUGGAGUCUCUUUGUUGGUGUCGCAGCAGCCGCCAGCUCCCAGAUACUCGGCUGACCAUCAUUACAGCUUACAGUUUCAGCAGACAGAAGACGUGUUGUCUCCACCGCAUAACACCAGCACAGACCUAACAGAUGUGAUGGAGCAGAUCAACAGCACAUUUCCCCCUAGCAGCUCAAGUGUUUCUGGAAGACAGCAGGCAAUGUGAAUGAAUCAUCCAUGAAAACAUCCCUUCUUACAACAUCUAAUGAAAGAUUCUGUUCAUGAAGAGUUGCCCGGGACGGCAGAGCUUUCUGUGUGUUCUACUGAAGGCAUAUGACACUGAAUACCCAAAGAUGAAGAUGUGUUUUUACAUACUGUCUGUCCUCUAUAUUUCUUCUCUUUCUAUGCAAAUGUAAAUUAAUGAUCUGUGGAGUAUUUGGUAUUUAGGUAUUCAUAUGUCAUUUGUAUAAAUACGUAUAAACAAUAUUAAGACGAGGCAAAGGGAGGUUCUGGGGUUUCUAUGGUAUUUUUUUAUAUAUAAGUGUAAUUGACCCCAGUCUGUAGUGUAAUUUACACACUGCACAUUCCCUGAAUACAUGCGGCAGCUUAGCUACAUACUCAUCACCAUUGUACGGCUUAUAACUCAUGAUGUAUCGAACUGCCAACAUCUUGUUUCCUGUCUUUCGUGUUAAGAUCAUCAUUACAGCCAUAGGUCAUGUAGAUACAUCGUGGACACUAUGUUUGGAACAUCUUUAGGCACCUAAUGGAAUAAGCAUAAUGUAAUUGCCAAAUGUGGCUCAUAGUGAUCAGAAUUACAAAAGAAUUAGAUUUAUUUGAAACCCUAACAAACGUGAUAGAUGCACUAGGGCUGAUCUCUAUUGUCAGAGAGGGUUCCUUUCACCUACGCUACAUCUAUACAAGUGCAAGUCAUUUUUUGAACCACAUUAUACACUUUGUUAUCAUUGCACACAUAAGACGUAUCAUCAGUAAGGUCUAAUAGGUUAUUGUGAAUUAACCCAUAAGAAAUAGACCCUUUGUAUCUUGUCUUCUACUAGACCUGGGGGACACAUUAUGUAAGAGCUUAGACCCACAAAGAAUCUUCUGGUACUCUGGUGGGCCAUUGCCAUCAUGCUGAUCUCUACAUAACAUUCUGCUAUCAGUUACAUUCGAUUGUGUACAUUUUAGAAUGUCGCAUGUGACAGCAAAUAUAUUUUUAGGUCCAGUUUGAGGUCAAAAAGAAAAAUCCUGUUAUGCAUAUACCACUAGGUAUUAGCCACUAAUGUCUGUGCUUGUUAUAAGUAAAAUGCAACUUGAUGAUUAUUGAUGUUCACUAAACACUCAUAUAAAGUCACUGGAGCUAUAUUUAUUCUAACAGUAGGCUGUUUUACAACAGGGAGGAUUUACAGAUCCAGCUGAAUGCAGAUUUGGUGCCAACUUUAUAUAAGCUUUAGUCUAUAGUUAAUUAAUUUUGACACUAAUCAAACUCUAUGGAACAGUUCAUGCCAAGUGGAGAAGAUUAGCCCGGCUCUGAGCAGAUUUUAGUGCAGAGUCAUGAGAUAGAUCUAUUUUGUGGAAGGCUGCUUGCCUUUACAUUUUAGUUCAUCGUGUAAUAUGAAUUAAAGUUGGCGACAAAAUAUUUCAAUCUUGUCAUUCCCCAUAGUUUUACUGAAUAGCUAGGCAUUAAAAUGGAUUUUUGUUGGUGACAAGUUGGGGAUUUUACUCAGUAGAGUUUAUUAAAAUCUACAUGCCUAAAAUAUUUGGGGUCCAUUUGGCUUUGCGUAACAUUUACCAUGUAUAACCUGACAGCAACAUUUUUCACAAUCCUACAUAUUACAGAGUUUUGACAAGGUUGCUUUCCAGAUAGAGCUUGCAUAGACAUUGGUGUUGUAUGCAUUAAUCCUCAAGUAGAUCACAUCAUUGGAGUCAUCAAACAUUUUAGUUUAUGACAGAUACAUUUGAGAAUUGGCAGGGUACCAAAUACUUAGUAGAAAGUGGAAAAAAGGUGAAUCACAUUUUUAUAUGAACACAGUAUUUUGAGCUCCGUUAUAUUUCUAAGUUAGUGGUUGCUUUAGUUUUUGAGUUCUGGGAUAAGACAAUUUUUCUAAUAGAGGCUUAAAAUAUAAGGACACCCUUGCACUGAUUGAUUUUAUUGCUUAUUUGCUUACUUAAAGGGUACUCUGCUGCUCAGAGUUUGGAACAAACUGUUUUGAACGCUGGAACUGCCACCGAUAGCUCGUGAUGUCAUAGCCCCGGCCCUCAUGACAUCACGCCCUGCCCCCUCAAUCCAAGUCUAUGUGCGGGGAGCGUGACAGCUGUCAUGCCCCCUCCCAUAGACUUGCAUUGAGGGGGCGUGGCGUGACAUGAGGGGGCGGGGCUGUGACAUCACAAACUCCCGUCUCCAGCGUUCGGAACAGUUUGUUCCAAACACUGAGCAGCUGAGUACCCCUUUAAUGUAACCAUUUUAAAUAGUCUUCAUUUAAAAUGUCUUAGCAUUUUUCAGCUGUAGAGUCUGUGCAGCACCUUCACAUAGCUAACUGUCCUGCUGCUUUUGAUAUAGUUUUGACAGCACUUUGCUCCUGGCUGUGUUGGCUCUCUUUGCUCUCUUAGGGGGAGAUUUAUCAAAACUUGUGC